CGCUUCGAGGCCCGAGAUCUCGUUCCUCCCUCGCCUCAAAUGCCGACCUGGUUAUGAACACCCAAGUACGUGAUUUCCGUCCCUUUCCAUUAGGAAUAAACUUCAAUAUAGCGGUGGUUUUACAUGCUGGUGAAGCGAUAGCGGCGGCUCGGGUGGAGAUGUGUCGCGGAGCGCCAUUGGCCGGCGGCGGCGGGCCAGGCUCCGCCCCGUGCCGCCCGCUCCGCCCCUGCGACGCGCCGGAGAUGAGCGUAAGACGUUUCUUCUGCCGAGAUUCAUUCGCGGCCGGGACCUGGGAGGACGCGGCGACUGUCCUUCCGUGUCCUGUGUAGCCUUCGCCCCGCCUCCCGCUGGCCCUGCCCCGCCAGGAACUGCCCCGCCGACACCCGCGACGCACCGACUCGUGCAGUGCCGCGGCAAACCUUGACUAGGAUAGUGGGUGUUAGUGCCAAGACAGUGCCAGUGACAGUAACACUUCCCGGGCCGCAGCACCACCACCACCACCACUGACAACACCACAACAUCACUGACAGGGAGGGAGACACCCGGCCAUGACUUCCCUCCUCUUCCCUCCUCCCCAGGACAAUCUAGUCCCUGGCGAGGAAGGCGACCGAUCCUUCCGUGACCUGUGUGACCUGAGCGAGGCGGACUCCGAGGGCGGCUCCGUGUCACCGCGAGGACUGUUGUCCUCGCCACACGCCCCUCACGGCUCACCCACGCCCACCACCACGCCCGACGCCCACGACCUCAACAUGAAAGCCGCUGGGGCCGCCGCCGAGCUGAGCGCCGCCGCCCAGAGGUUCAUCACGCAGCAGCUGUCCUCGGUGCCGUCCGAGUUGGAGCUGCGGCCGUCCAGCGCAGGAGUGGGCGUGGGAGUGUGGCCCAAACAGGGCCUCGCCAGGGGCACCCGCUACGGCCCUUUCCUCGGCAAGUGGACGGCCAACGCCAAGGACCCGAGCCUCGCCUGGGAGGUGGUGUCCGCGAGGUCGGGGCUGCGCGGGUGGCUGGACGCCGGAGAGAUGGGCAAUUGGCUGAGGCACAUUCGCGUUGCCUCGGCCCCCGUCUACGGCAACAUGCGACACCUGAUGCUCGCGGGGCAGAUCUUUUACGAGACGCUGCGGGACGUGCCGCCGACGGAGGAGCUGCUGCUGGUGCGGAAGUCCAUCAUCGACCUCGACACUCCGUUUUUGGAGGACCCCGAGCGUGUGCGUGUGCGUGCGGGGUCGCCGGAGGAGCGAUCUGAGCACACUGGUGAGGAGGAGGAGGAUGAUGACGACGAGGAUGACAUUGCCCGCCACCGGUGCCUCAAUUGUGACAAAAACUUCGGCGAUUAUGACGAGUUGGACGAUCACUUGGUCACGGCACACGGCUACGCGGCGGGACAGUACCGGUGCGACUACUGCCAGAGGGCCUUCGCCUGGCGUCCCAACCUCAUCCAGCACAAGACCAUCCACGGGGAGUUCAAGCGCUACCCGUGUGAGAACUGCCCGCGGGUGUUCACGGACGCCAUGAUGCUGCAGAAGCACAUCCGUCACCAGCACGCCGGGGCACGCUCCCACGCCUGUCCUGAGUGCGGAAAGACCUUCGCCACCAGCUCGGGCCUGAAGCAACACACGCACAUCCACUCCUCCGUGAAGCCCUUCCAGUGCGAGGUGUGCUUCAAGGCGUACACACAGUUCAGUAACCUGUGCCGCCACAAGCGCAUGCACGCCGACUGCCGCCUGCAGAUCAAGUGCACCAAGUGUGGCCAAGCCUUCUCCACCGUCACCUCGCUCGCCAAACACAAGAGGUUCUGCGACACGGCGCCCUCCCUGUCGCUGCCCCACGGCGCCGCGGGGCUGCAGGACAGCAAGAUGGCCCACCACGGCCUGCACAUGGGCAACCUGUCUGCCUCGCCGCCAAACCCCUUCAUGAUGUACCCGCGGCCCCCCCUGCCCCUCCUGCCCCCCUCCCUCAUGUCCGGCUACCCGAUGCUCCCCUCCAUCCCCUCCCUCGUGGGAGGGCCUCAACAUCCCCUCCUCACCUCUUCCCUCCUCCUGCCCUUCCACAACCACGGUGCCCGUGAACCUUCCUUCGCAGCACCCAAGGAGGAGAAGGACUCCAGCGAGGCCCUAGGAGGACCCAUGUCUCCAAGACCUGACGCAGAGUCCCCAGGGAGGGAGGCGGAGCGCCUCACUCCGCUCCCCCGCUCCCCCUCCCGCUCCCCCAACCAGGCCUCGGUGUUCUCCAUGAAGGAAUCGCCGCGUAGGUCAGACUCAAAAGAUUUGUCGGACGAGCAGCGGGACUCUCCAGACCUCCGGCGCCGCUCGCCAGAACCUGUCAAGAAGGAGGACGCGGAGGCCGUGAAGGGUCCGACGGAGAAAAAGGAGCAGCCGCUGGACCUGACCCUCCGGCGCAAGGAGGGGGAGAGGGACGAGCUCUUCCUCGGUAGGUUCGACAUACUGUCCCACAACAGCGAUGCCGUCGAGGAGAGACUCCGCUCCCCGGCGCCGCCCGAGAUCAUCAAGUCGGUGCCGGAGCCGCGGCCCCGCCCGGAUCACCCGUUCCUUCGCAUCAGCGAGCUGCUGAAGGACACCACCACCACCAACGUCACCCCCGCCCCCCCGCAGCCACCCACGUUACUGGACGCGCCCACCAAACUGCCGCUGGCAUAUCCGCGGCCCCUGCAUCCCGCGGCGCUCCUUGAUGUGUACCGCAACCUCGACCGCAGUUUAGACCGAAGUCCACUGCUGCCCGGGGGCGGCCUGACCGGCGGCCGCUACCCGCUGCUGCCGCCCUACUUCCCGCCUACCAGCAUGGCGGGGCUCGGCCUCGGCCUGAACCGCUCGGCGGGGCUCGACAUGCUGAAGGCACACAUGUCCAACACGGCGCGGCCCUAUGGGGACAUCAGCCGUCCUUACGACCUGAUGGCGUCACACAUGCCCCGCGCCAAGGACCGCUACUCGUGCAAGUUCUGCGGCAAGGUGUUCCCUCGCUCGGCCAACCUGACGCGGCACCUGCGGACACACACGGGCGAGCAGCCGUACAAGUGCAAGUACUGCGAGCGGUCGUUCAGCAUCUCGUCCAACCUGCAGCGGCACGUGCGCAACAUCCACAACAAGGAGAAGCCCUUCAAGUGCCCGCUGUGUGACCGCUGCUUCGGCCAGCAGACCAACCUGGACCGGCACCUCAAGAAGCACGAGCUCGAGGGUCCCAACCCGCCGGACUCCCCCGAGGCGCCGGACUCCAGCAGUGCGGGCAUCGACACGUCCACCAACUUCUUCAGCGACGAGAUCCGAUCCUUCGUGGAUAAGGUAACUGACUCCACCACGGACGACAUCCUCGGUGACGACGAGGCCAUGGACGACGACGAUGGCCUGAAGGACCCCGCUACCGUCACCACCUCCAGCGACACCACCAGCGCGGCGGCCGAAAGCACCAUGAAGCGGGUGCGAGUCGAGUAGUGUUGCGGCGCGGCGGGCGUGGGGCGACGCGGCGUGACAGAGAACUUGUACAUAGAGGCAUGGGCAGCCCGCACGCCCUCACACGGGUUACUGGCGGCUGAGUGAGGGGCGCACGAGACGACACACCCAGGACGAGCCGCGGCCACGGCGUUGUAUGGCGUGAGAGGGGAGAGGAAGAAAGAGAGAUAGAGAGAAAGUGAGGGAGAGUGUUUGGUGCCACCUGGGCGGCUUCUACAGGUGUGGUGAUGCUCCUGCAGGUGUGGGAAGCUAAUGUAGGUGUGUGUUGAUGCUGGUGCAGGUGUAUGCGGCUGGGAAGUGUGUGUGACAGGUGUGUGUGCGUGUGUAUCUGCGUGUGUGUAAGAAGCUGUGUGUGCGUGCUUGCUCGUGUGUGUGUCUAUGUGUGUGUGUGUGUGUGUGUGUGUGUGUGUGUGUCCCCGGUGUGUACUUGGUGUUAUAAUAUAAAUAAUGGAGACUGUUAGCGUAACUGGGUCACCUCCACAGAUUUUAUAGUUUUUUCCAUGUUUGUCUCCCUUUUUUCUGCCUCUUGUGAGUCUUAAUUACGUCAGUCAGUAUCGCAGCAUGCUAGGCGGCAGGCAUUUGGUGUGAAGUUUUGUGCAAUGGAGUAACCGUAUUCAUUUUUAACUUAUGCCCCCUUGUAGUCUGGUAGCUGUAAAUAAUAACCCGUUGAUAAAUUAUAUUUUGUUAAUAAAAACUGAACUGUU